CAACGAACCAAGCACCAAGAACGAUGCGGGUCGACGAGGCCAGCGGUCGAGAGAAGGACACGCUGCCUGCUCCCAUCACGGCCAGCAGCAAUGACAGGACGAAGACAACGACACCAGCUGCACCAGAAGCACUAUCUCCUCCUUCGUCCAAGUCGCCGCAGCCACAAGCAGCUGCAGGCACUGACACUGCUGCGCCCGACAAGCGAGAUGCCUUCCCCUCCUACCUCCAGGGCAAGCGAGUCCUCCUCGCCACCGAAUCCCUGGGCCCCGUCAAUGGCGUGAGUCGAACCACCCUCAUGUUGAUUGAGUACCUACGCCGGAACGGUGUGCAACUGGCCAUCGUCGCUCCUCACUCCAGACAGUCGCGGCUCAAGCCAACCACCGGCGCAAACCUCACGGAAUUCCGACUGCCGGGCUAUGAGUUGCCCUACAAUCCUGACCUGACCGUCGUAUACCCCUUCCAGCUCGACGAUGUCUACAAACACACCUUCAAGCCCGACAUAGUAUAUCUGGCCAGUCCUGCCUCUACUGGCUUUCAAAUGCUGUUCCAGAUCCGCCAGCUACACGAUCCACCGGUCGUCCUCCUCAAUUUCCAAACCGAUCUGUCGGCGUACAGCGAAAUCCUUUUCCCCGGCCCCGUUGCCCGAUUUUCCGUGUGGCUGCUGGGCGUCGUCCAAGGGUUUCUGUUCAACCAUCGAACCGUCCAUACCAUCUUCUACCCUUCCUCUGGCGUCCGCCGUUACCUCGAGAAAGCGGGCGCUCCGAGCAACAAGAUGGUCCGACUGGGCCGAGGCGUUGACACGACAUUGUUCAAUCCUUCUCAGCGAGACGAGGCGUACCACAAGGAGCUGGCACCCAAUGGAGAAAUCAUCUUAGUCUGCGUCUGUCGCUUGGCUCCCGAGAAGGGCUUCGAAUUCCUGGCCCAGGUUGCCAUGCGGCUCGCCCAAGAAGGGUUUCCAUUCAAAUUGCUCAUAGUGGGUGGCAACAUGAGCGCGGAAGUUGAGGACCAGGUCCAUCAUCUCUUCGAUAACGUGGCAGAGCACGUCAUCUUCACCGGCUUUCGCACCGGUGUCGACCUCGCUCGUGCAUAUGCCACCGGCGAUAUUUUCCUACACUGCUCCAUCACCGAGACAUUCGGACUGGUCGUUUUGGAAGCAAUGGCGAGCGGUCUCCCAGUGAUCGCUCGUGACGAAGGAGGACCUUCGGAUAUCGUCCAAGACCGAGAGACUGGAUAUUUGGUCCCUCCCCACAACCUAGCGCAGUACAUUGCCCUCAUCAAGAGUCUCUCAACUGACAAGACUUUUCGUGCGAAAAUGGCAAUCGCAGCCCGAAGAUACACCUGCGACGUAACCUGGGAGAAGAUCAAUAGGCGGGUUGCCUGGCACAUGGCCGAUGGUCUGCAACAGCACCUCCAGCGAAAGCGCAGAAGACCGAUCAGAAACUUCAUUGUCGCCAGGUACCAUGAAUUACGAGACGGUGUGGUCAUCCCCGUCGUGGUACGACUACGACUGUACAUGGCGGCAAUGAUCGUCUACCUUAUUUGGCUGAUGACAGCCGUCGUGCUUCUGCUUUACGGCCACCGAGUGUUUUCACGAGCGGCGCAACUCUUGCGCAACCCACCCCUCGUUUUGCAACGCAUUCAGUAUCGCGCCUUGAAGCAAGGCAUUCAGGAGACGCUAAAGAGCUUGAGCACAGAAUGAAAUGCUUGUCGCGGUGGAAGUUAGAGAGAAUGUCAAGACAUGAUCAAUCAGCCAUUUUUCAUUGCCUAUUACGACGGAAUGACCAUUCUACCCUGGCGACGCCGGCGCGGAAGACUCACUUUAUCUCGGACCAUGCCGCUUCAGUUGGUCGAUUCCAAUCCAACGGCAUAGGCGCCGGGCACCGCAUCCGCACGCCACGGACCUCUGACCUUUUUUUCGUGGGGAUGAUAUUGCAGCUCGGACAUGCCCUGCAACUGAGCGGCCACUCGACGUUGAGCAGAUGACGGUAAGACGCUUGAGCACAUGUUAGAUAGUCGGCUGGCACUUAGCACAUACAUGCGCCGAAGUAUCCCUUUCGCCAACCCCUUUUGGCGAAGUCUCGACAGAAGCAAGCUGGCAAGCGGAG